AUGUCGUCAGGCACACCUCGCAACACAGCCGACGAGGGCUCGGCUCUUCUUCCUAAGGGCGACUCUCCUGCACCACGUCGCGAGUCGUUCAGCAUCGGUCGCCUGAUCAACCCCUUCCGAGGCGUCUCCAACAGUCAAACCGGCAGCGACGCUCGAAUAGAGUACGACACCCGUCGACCUAGCAAUGCGGUCGACCCCACCAGCCCCGAUUCCUCUUUCUCAGCUCAGCGCAAGCGCAACAACGCCAACAGCAAGUUUCCUAGAUCUGUCACCUUCGACUCUCCCAACUCGUCCUUCCCUCCUGGACCCAAGAACGACCGCUCUAGAGUCGCCACCUACCAUCCACCUGGGAGCCAGCGAGGAGGUAACAUGGAGGACGGCAGCGACUCGGGCUACGAUAUCGAGCGCCAGGGCCAGGCCUGGAAUCGUCGUAGCAUCAAUUCGUCCGCUUUCAGUCACCUGGAAGGACGCAGCUAUCGAUUCCAGCAGGCGCAGGACACGAGCAGUCUCGGCACUUCCUUGGUCCCAGGCUCUUUCACAGCGACCUCCUCCUCCAUUCGAGAUGAGACGGCGCAAUUAGCAGGGAUGAUCAUGUCGGACGACGAGGGGACAGGAAGCAAUGGUGGCUCGCGCAUCUACGACAUUGGCGAAGACGAAGAGUCGACGUCGCCCAACUUGCAGCUCUUCCCUCCUCCGCGCACCGUAGCUGGCAAAGAGCUGAGUCCCACUACUUCGCCGAUCGCUUCUUAUGGAGUCAACCAGGCCGGACCAAGCAACUUGACCCGCGCGAUGGCUGCAUCCCAGGCCGCGAGUCCAGAGAGCAGCAAGACGGCCACCGCCGCCGAAGACGAUGGCAGCCACGCUACUCCGCGUCCCACGCCGGUGCUUGGAUUGACUCACGCUGUCGCGACUCCGCAGAACUUAGCGGCCGAAGAGGAGGCAGAAGACAAGAGCCUCGGCGCUGCCGUUGCUGCCGCGGACCGAGCUGCACGACCCACGUCUCGCAGCCGAUCACGUUCCACAGGCAGACGAUCGUCGCAGCAUCUCUCGGCACCGACAGACCGCUCGCAAUCCCGCGAUCGACCCUCUUCCGAGGCCACAGGACACUCGUCCUUCAGUCAGGUCAGCUCCACCAGCGUGUCAGAUCAGCAACGCGCUGCCAUCGGAUACGGCGCUCUGGCUCAAGCCGAGCAGUCCGUCUACGAAGCGGAGCAUGGCGUCCAAGGCAACGGACGCAGACCCUCGCAUCAUCGACCAGAACCAUUUAAGAUGCUCUCGCCGUUCUGGUCCGUCAUCCCCGCAAGCUGGAGACCCGGUCAAGGCGAGAUUCCGACAAAAAAGUUCAAUCCUGCCCAACACGCCCGCGACCUGGUCACAUCCGCACGCGGGGUCACCUGGAAAUCUGCAGCCGAAGCCAGCGUGGAGCCCAUCCGCCUCAUCCCCGCCGUCAUUCUCGGAAUGCUCAUGAAUGUGCUCGACGGCGUAUCGUACGGCAUGAUCAUGUUCCCCGCCGCCUACCCGAUCUUUGCCAACUUUGGCGGAGACGGUGUUUCGAUGUUCUUCGUGACGUGCAUCCUCUCGCAGCUGAUCUACACGCUCGGCGGAUCGAUCUUCAAAGGCGGCAACGGAAGCAUGAUGAUCGAGGUGGUGCCCUUCUUCCAUAUCUUGGUGCGCAUCAUCAUCGAGGAGCUGGGAGACGAGAACCCCAAGGCGGUCAUCGCGACGACCAUGGUGUCGUUUGCGCUUUCGUCCGUUCUCACCGGAUUGGCCUUCUUGCUUCUCGGUGCGCUCCGAUUGGGCGUGCUGAUCGGCUUCUUCCCUCGUCACAUCUUGGUCGGCUGCAUCGGUGGAGUGGGUAUCUUCUUGAUCGAGACCGGCCUCGAGGUGUGCGGUCGACUGCAGUCCGAAGACGGCUUCCAGUACAACCUCGAGACGCUGCGCUUCUUCUUCCAGUCGGGCCACAUGGUCGCGCUGUGGCUGCCACCUCUCCUGCUGGCGGUUCUGCUGCGCAUCAUCACGACGCGCCUGCACCAUCCGCUCAUCUUCCCUGGCUACUUCCUCAUGAUCCCCGUCGUCUUCUACAUCGUCACCUCCGGGAUCCUUGGCAUCCCCAUUCAGCAGCUCCGCGACGACGGCUGGGUGUUCGACAUUGGCGAAGCGGCGAGCAAAGCUCCGUUCUACCGCUUCUACACCUACUUUGACUUUGGUCAGACCUCCUGGCGCGCGCUAUGGGCCACCAUGCCGACCCAGCUCGCUCUUGUUUUCUUCGGCAUCCUGCACGUGCCCCUCAACGUACCCGCUCUCGGCGUCAGCAUCAACGAGGACAACGUCGACACGGACCGCGAGCUCGUCGCGCACGGCAUCUCGAACCUGUUCGCCGGAUUGAUCGGCACGGUGCCCAACUACCUGUGCUACGUCAACAGUGUGCUGUUCUACCGCGUUGGAGGCGGCAGUCGUCUCAGCGGUCUCAUGCUUGCCGGUGGCACGGCCAUCAUCAUGAUUGCCGGCCCCGGUACCAUCAGCUACCUGCCCAUUAUGAUCGUCGGCGCGCUGAUCUUUGUGCUCGGCAUCGAUCUGGCGAAAGAAGCGCUCUAUGACACGGUCGGCCGUGUCAACGGCUGGGAGUACCUCACAAUCUGGGUCAUUGUCAUUGUCAUGACCUACUGGGACUUCGUCAUUGGUAUCCUAGCAGGCAUCAUCAUCGCGUGCUGCUUCUUUGUCGUGCAGACAUCGCGCCGCAAGACGGUGCGUGCGAUCUUUGACGGCAGUGUUGCGCGCAGCACCGUGCGUCGACACAUGAUCCAGCGUCACUUCCUGGACGAGGUGGGGACCCAGACGCAGAUCAUCAAACUCCAAGGAUUCCUGUUCUUUGGAACGAUCAAUUCUGUCGAGGAUCUGAUCCGCAGGGCGCUCGAUAUCGCGGCGUGGAACCAGAACCCGAUCCGCUUCCUCAUCGUCGACUACACGCUCGUAAGCGGUGUCGACUUCUCUGCGGCGGAGGCGUUCCUGCGCAUCAACCGGUUGUUGGAGGCCAAAGGCGUGUUGCUCGUAUUCUGCGGUCUCAACCCCGAAUCUGACGUCGGCGUCGCGCUGCGCAGUGUCGACCUCUGGGCCGACCGCUCUGAAAACCUCGAAGUGUUUGCCAACCUCAACGAGGCUCUGGAAUGGACAGAGAACGAGUAUCUGCGCGGCAUGUAUGCGUCCUCUCUCAUGGGCGCCAAAGCCUUCGGUGCCGCCUCGAUGGCCGUCUCAGGAGGGCUGACUGUCCCGGACCAGAACCGCAAGCCCGCCUUCGUUCUCGACCACUCAUUCGAGAACUCGCCCCGACGCCACCACCUGCACGAGGCGGCCAAGACGGCGGUGCAGAACGAACGAACUCCGCACUCGGACACGCUCCAAACGCUCGACGACAAGCCGCUGACCAAGGUGCCGCAUGCCCAACCGUAUCCCUUGUUGAUGAUCACCUUCCGCGCGUAUCUCGCGUCGACGCACCCGACCCCCUCGGAGGAAGAAGCGUUCUUCGCCGCGCUGGUCCCCUACUUCACGCUCCUCCGCAAGACCCGUGGAGAAGUUCUCUGGUCACGCGGCGACCCCGCCGACGCGGUCUACCUCAUCGAAUCGGGCAUCAUCAAGGCACGGUACGACUUUCCGCAAGAACAGUACGAGAUCAACGAGGCCAUGCUCGCCGGCACCAUCGCGGGCGAGCUCACCUUCCUCAGCAAGAAGGAGCGCAAUACUACGGCGUACGCGGACACAGACGUCAAGCUGUGGAUGCUCAACCAAGAGGGACUGGAGCGGAUGGAGAGGGAGAGGAAGGACGAGCACAGGUGCUUUGUCGAGAUGCUCCUGCGCGUCGCGGGGGAUGAACAGGAGAGUCUCAUGAGCUAUCUCGUCAGCAGGUUGAGUUGA